UAAAAACAUAUCUUAUCAGGUUAGGAAAUUAUGGUUAUGUUCGUUGUAAUAGGUGUGUGGUUACAAGUACUGUGUACUACACACUUUGUGUCAUUUGUGGUGAUAUAACAUGUAUAUAUACGAAACAGUGACGCGAGAUGCGUUUUUUUUUUCUGUUAUAUAUGUUUGGUUUAGGCAAGAGAAAAUGGAGAUAACAAAGCAAUAGUCUAGACAGAAUCUCUUUAUAGUUGAAAAGGGAGAUUCAUUAUUUUAUAUCUAAAAGUGAAUGUUAUAACAAAUUUCAAUUACCUUAAUAACAAGAACCAUCCAGAUAAAAUAUGUAUCUGUUUCCGAUUGAAUUAAAAGCAGAUGUCAAUGUGAAAGAUGAAAAAGGCUGGACACCAUUAAUGUAUGCAUCUCAAAAUGGAUGUUUAAAGACAGUCGAAUGUCUAAUCCAGAAGUCGACAUCAAACAUAAAUAGUUGCAAUCAAGAAGGUUGCACAUCGCUAAUGAUUGCAUCUCAAAACGGACAUUUUAACAUUGUAAAACGUUUAAUACGAACAGGAGCCAAUAUCAACUUAAAAGAUUCGAAAGGCUGGACAGCACUAAUGUUUGCAUCUAGCAAUGGUCACAUUGUGAUUGUAAAAUUUCUAAUAAAAUGUGGGGCAAGUGUAAAUGAGGUAAACUUAGAUUUAUGGACACCCAUCAUGUUGGCAUCUUUCAAUGGACAUCUUGAAACAAUCAAAUAUCUAUCCGAAUGCCAAGCAAAUUUAAACUUGGUAAAUAAAGAUGGGUUCUCGUCUAUAAUGUUGGCAGCACAAAGGGGUCUUGCAGAUAUCGUAAAAUAUUUAAUACUUUUAGGCGCUGAAGUAAAUACAAUGAGCUUUGAUAGACAAACAGCCCUAAUGUUAGCCAGUGAGAAGGGAGAUGCCAAAAGUGUUGUUGCUCUUCUAAAUGCUGGAUCAUUUCAGAUUUUACAAUUAAAAAAUGGCUGGACAAUGUUAAUGAUGGAAUCGUAUCAUGGACACCUAGAUAUAGUUCAAACACUUCUACAAUCUAAGGCAUAUGUACAUUUCAUUGAUGCCCAAGAUGAUUCAGGAUGGACAGCUUUAAUGAUUAGUUGCAGAAGUCUACAAACUGAAGUCGGUUUAGAGCUCAUCAGUCAAGGCGCUAAUGUCAAUAAAAAAACAAAAGAUAAAUCUACUGCUCUAAUGAUAGCUUCUCAUUUUGGACUGACUCAACUGGUGGUAAAAUUACUCGAAAAAGGGGCACACAUUGAUGAUCAAAAUAUUUUUGGUUGGACUUCUCUAAUGUUUGCUUGCCAAAGCGGACACUUAACAACAAUUACAGCGUUAUUAAAUGCAGGAGCUAAUAUUUAUCGAGAAAAUCAAGAUGGUGACUCAGCAUUUAGAGUGUCCGAACGAAAUAGUAAACCAGAAAUAUAUCAACUACUUUUAAAAUAUAAUACAGAUAAAUAUCAUAGUUGCAAAAUGAGUCCCGUUUCACCAGAUAACCAAUGUGCAAAGGAAGGUAAUUGUCAGCGUACUUACUUAACUUCAAAUAGUAUGCGUUCUGCAUGUGAAGAAAAUACUUUUGAUAUGGAGGCAUCAACACAAAUACAAGAAGAUUCUAUCAACAUAUCUGAAACUAAAAAGAAUUCUCAGUCUGAUUUACAUUUAAUUUUGAAUCAGAAAGGCGACAAAGUAGAACAAAAUAAAACUGAAAAUUAUGUUAAUUUAAAACUGAAUUCUUCCAUUAGUACAGAUAAAAAUAUUGAGAAUACAUCACGAGAAAAACGUCCACAGAAUAAAACUGUUCUAUACGAUCCCAAAGAAUUAUUGAUAGCAUGUCGAAAAGGGCAAUCAAAUAUUGUAAGGUUGCUAUUGGAAUCUAAUACAAAUGUUGAUUUCGUAAACAAACAUCGCUCAAAAGCAAUAUUCCUGGCAUGUGAAAACGGUCACACAGCAACUGUUCAAGUACUUCUUGAAUAUGGUUCAAAUGUCAAUAAAAUAUAUCAAGACGGUUUUACAUUAUUAAUGACAGCAAGUGAGAUUGGACACAAUGAAACAGUUGGCCUCCUUUUAGACUCGGGAGCUUUAGUUAAUGAUGAAAAUAAACAUGGACAAACUGCAUUAAUGAUAGCCUGCCAUUACGGACACAAAACAACAGUUGAACUUCUGAUUAAAGCAAAACCAAAUCUUGAUCAAAAAGAUAAAAAAGGAAACACAGCACUCAUGAUUGCAUGUCAACAAAGAAAUACUUCCAUUGCUGAGAUUCUUAUACAAGCUGGAGCUAAUGUAAACAAAAGUAAUAAGAAAUUGACUGCACUGAUUGUAGCAACACAGAACAAAGACAUUCAGACAGUAGAACUUUUGUUACGUUCUGGGGCUCAUGUAAACAAAAAAGUAGACAAUGGCUGGACAGCACUGAUGGUAGCUUCUCAGAAUGGAGACAUAGAGAUGGUUGAACUGUUGAUGCAAUGUUGUAAACAUUUUGAGAAGUACAACAUUGACACCACCGUGAGUUUACUGGAAGCAUCUAAAAAUGGUCAAGUAGAAACAGUCAAGUCUCUUUUGGACUCAGGCAUUCAUGUUGACGAAAGAGAUUUAAACGGCUGGACAUCUUUAAUGAAAGCUUCGCGAUAUAACCAAAAGAAAACUAUUUCGCAACUUAUGGAACAUGGAGCAAAUGUUACGGGAACAGAUAUUUAUGGGAAUACUGCUCUAAUGAUAGCAGCUGAAUAUGGAGACGCUGAAGCUGUUCAAUCUCUCAUACAGUUUAAAGCAAAUGUUAAUGAUGCAAAUGAAGAUGGAUGGACAGCGUUAAUGAAAGCGUAUCAAAAUGGAAAUUUUGACACCGUAAAACUUUUAUUGAAUUCAGAAGCUAAUGUCCAUGCCAAAAACAAAAGCGGUUCAACUGCUUUGAUGCUUGCUGCACAGAAUGGACACAUUCAAAUGGUUGAACUGUUACUUCAUAAUGGAGCAAAAAUAAAUGAAACAGAUCAAAAUGGCGUGACAUCUCUGAUGUUGGCUUGUCAAAAUAAAACCAUUGAUACAGUUAGGACACUUCUAAAAUCUGGAGCUAGAGUCAACGAAAAAAACAAAAAAGGCUGGACUGCAUUGAUGCUAGCAUCCAAAUACGGACACACUGAAAUGGUUGAGAUUCUUGUGAAAAACGAAGGUGAUUUAUUUGAAAAAAACAAUAAAGGAUUCACUGCAUUAAUGAUUGCUUCUCAGUACGGCCAUAUUAAAAUAAUUCAACUUCUACAAAAGUAUGGGGCAAGUGUAACGGGAGAUAAUAAUGAAGGCUGGACAGCACUCAUGAUAGCUUCUGAUAUGGGAAACACAGAGAGUUUAAAGAUACUUUUAGAAUCAAAAUCAUGUGUAAAUGUGAAAGAUUUUUCUGGUUGGACAGCGCUAAUGAUAGCAUCACAGAAUGGACAUUUAGACAUUUUAAAUUUGCUCAUGCAAUAUAAUACCAAUAUUAAUGAAAAAGAUAAAUUUGGGUGGACAGCAUUAAUGAUAGCUGCAAAAAAUGGUUAUGCUGAUAUUCUGAACUGUCUUUUAACACACAAUGCAAAGAUUGAUGAAAAAGCAAGGAAUGGAUGGACAGCUCUUUUACUAGCUUCAGCAAAUGGACACAAUGAUGUGGUGAAGAUUCUAUUAAAACACAGAGCUUUAGUAAAUACACGUACAGACGAUGGCUGGACAGCGUUAAUGAAAUCAGCUCAAAAUGGUCACCUACAGACUGUGAAGACACUUCUAAACUGUAAUGUGAGAGUUAAUGACAAAAAUCACAAAGGUAAAACUGCACUAAUGUUGGCUGCUCAAACUGCACAUAUUGAAAUUGUGAAACUAUUAAUCCAGUUCAAUGCAAAUGUAAAUGAAUCAAACAAAAAUGGCACAACAGCUCUAAUGAUGGCUUCAAAAACUGGCCAAAAUAAAAUCGUCAAACUCCUCAUCCAAUAUAAUGCCAAUUUAAAUGAAACCAACAAAAAUAAUUUAAAUGCAUUAACUAUUGCUUUAAAAAAUGGAAAGAUAGAUACUGCAAGAUUACUGUUAAAAUCUGGAGCGACUUGUCCAAUUAAAAUGCAAAAUGCCUUAGAAAAUAAUUCUGUCAGACCUCUUCGUCUUCAAACUACUUUUCCUCAAAUGUAUUAUAAUGAUAGUAACAAUGAAGGAUAUACAGCCCUAAUGAUCGCUUCUUGUCAUGGCCAUAGCGAGACGGUGCAUAAACUUUUAGAGUCAGGCGCUGACGCACAGAAGAAAUCUCAUAAAGGGAUGACAGCAUUAAUGUUAGCCUCUCAAAACGGACAUAUUCAUGUCAUUGAAAAACUUCUAGAGUCUGGAGCCAAUGUGAAUGAGAAAAAUAACAAAGGAAAUACGCCUUUAAUGAUUGCAACACAGAAUAAUCACAUUGAAACCGUAAAACUUCUAAUACAACACCAUGCCAAAGUGGAUGAAACAAAUAUAGACGGCUGGACAGCACUCAUGAUGGCAGCCGAAUACAAUGAAAGUGAACUCGUGCAACUUUUAUCCGAUUCUGGAGCGAAAGUUAACAAAAGAAACAAAUUUGGAAUGCAAUCGAGAAGUAACAAUCCAAUGAGGCACACCAAUAAUCAAACACAGUGUAUUUUUCAGUUCAACAUAAAUAAUGUUCUAAACAAUACAGGACCUCUCUCUCUAAAAACUGAUCGGCUUGACGUUGGAUCCGUCAAUACCUUGGCUGAAAGUGUCAACAUAAGUCAAAGUGAUUCUGUGAAUGUUUCUUACUGUGAGGACGUUGUAGUCGGAGAUGGACAAAUCAAUAAACAGUGUUAGACGUUCAAACCAACAGACUCCAAAAGAAUAUGAAGAUAAUUACUUCCUAGUCCAAACCUCCAGCAGGACGACGGGGGAUAGGAGCGGGCAGAGUUUGAAACCGGGACCAUUGAUGAAUCUGAACGACAGUCCAGCGUGCAAACCGCACGACCAGGCAGCCAUACUGUACCCGUAUACUAGUUACAGAGGUCAAGAACUUAUUAACACUUCAGCAUAUUUUCCCCUUGGUACCUAGGUCGUUUACUUUUAUUUGAUUUUAAACUGAACUUUAAGUUUUUCCCUUAUAAUAAGUCAUUAGAAUUGCAAACCAUGAAAGUAGCUUUCUUUCUAAAGGUUUUAAUACAAGACAAACAUACACACACAUGCACAUCUUUUUUUUUUAUUUUAUUGUGCAAGAACGUAUGUAAAAAAACAAUUUGUUACUGGAUUUUAUCGUGGUAACUGUAACAAAAGGGCACGGUAAGUGUUUAUGGAUGUAUUUGUCUGAUACAUAGUAGCUAAGCAGGCAUCGUAAGUAUUAAAAAAAAAGUGAAAACGAGGAGUUACUUGACAGUCUUAAAUUAUUAAGAAUAUCAUUAUCAAAUCAAGACACCUUACGGAAGUUAACACGUUAGAAAAAGUAAUUCAAGUUUCAUUUCUAUUUAUAUUAACACGCCUUGUCUUUAUAAUAACAGAUGUUUGGUGCAUAUUCAUACAGGCUCUAUUUUUAAGCACAUUAUUAUGUUUUAAAUAUAAACCUUAAUACAUUCUAUAACAGACAUUAAAUGGAACGAUGUCUAAUUUAUGCAUGCAUAUUAAAUAGGUACUAGGUGUACUUUUUACUAUACGCCAACUAUCUUGCAGUGAUAUGGUUGGAUAGUGAAAAAUGGCCGACUAUUUAAUCGGAGCCGGAGCUACUAUCUGGUGUACCUCUACUAGUAACUGACAUAGUAUACUUUAAGAGUGUAAUUGGCUGCCUGGUCGUGUGGGCUGCGCACUGGACUGUUAUUCGGACUUAUCGAUGGGGAGAAGGUGAGAAAGGGGAGAAGGGAGAGAAGGGGAGCUAUAUUUUUUCCAUUGUGGUUAUCACCCCCAAAAUGGUGUAGACCGUUGCGGACCGCACCCUCGCCCCCCCCCCUAAUGAUGCCACUGCUUUAAGGUACCUAUUUCUUCCCAACAAUUUUGAUUAAUACAUUGGAGUAGACGUAGUAGGGCCUGCACAACUUAACAGUUCCCCAUGCGAACAGAAUAGGCUAAUAUAUUAUUAACCACUAGUUGGCCUACUCAUCCUGAUCAUAAUCGCUCUAGACACUACUAGGCCUAUAUUUAGGCCUACUUAAUAGGACUAGACUAGAUCCAGAAUAUAGAAUAUAUAUAGAAUCUAGAUCUAGACAAGAUCUAGAUUUCAUGGCUAGUUCUAGAUAUGAUAUAGAUCUAGUUUAGAUCUGGAUCUAGACUUUUGAAGAUUUAGAUCUAUCUAGAUCUCGAUCAAGAAUCUAGAUCUCGACCAUAUGUUUGUAAAAUGUUUUACAUGUUUCGGAUGUUCCUUCAGAGUUGAAGAUAAUUACUUCCUAGUCCAAACAUCUCGCAGGACGACGGGGGAUGGGAGCGGGCAGGGUUUGAAGCCUGGACCAUCGAUAAAUCCAAACGACAGUCAAGUGCGCAAACCGCGCGACCAGGCAGCCAUCCUAAACUAGGGCUAGACUAAAUAGACUCUAGAUAAAGAUCCAGAACUAAAUCUAUAGCCUUAUCUAGGCAAGAUCUUGAAAUCUAUAAAUAGAAUCUAGAUCUACUAGAUCUAGGUAAGUAUUGUGAUCAGGAUUAGUAGGGUUACAGAUUCACUUCUUGAUGUGAUACUACUGCUUACAUAAUAAAUAAAUCUUUACCCCCAAGCUGUUAGAAGAUAAAAUAUUUUAUUAAUGGAUUAUAAAUGUAAAUACAAUUAUUAUAAAUUAUAAAUGUAAGUUUUGUUCAAAUUGUUUAAUACAAUUAAAUCUAAAUCUAGAUCUAUGUCUAGCCUCUAUUUAUCGUAAUUUAGAUUGUUGUCAAGUGUAUAGCUUUAUAAAGAUGUGUAAAAACUGAGCGGUAUAAAGUAGUUCCUUUUUUGUCUUUAAACUUACAAUUGAAACGAGUUCGUAUUAAAAUUCUUUUUAAAAAACAACAUUUGAAUCAGUAUGCUAUUCCAUGAGUUACUUAAUAAAUGAAAAAUCUUUUAUAUAUUGAUCCAUUUUUCAUACAUUAUACUUUCAUACUUUUUCAAUUGUGACCUUAGAUGCAAU